AUGACGCCCUCGCAGCGGGCCAUCUCGCGAGAGUCUAGUAAGGAAAACCUCGCGCCGCCCGACGCAGAGGACUACGAGACGCAGCGGAAGCGGAUCGAGGAGCUCAAAGCUGAGAUCGGCACCCUGCGCUACACCAUCAAUAACAACGACGCGGAGAAGGAGAUGGCGCGCCUGCAGCACGAGACCGAGCUCCGAGACGCGCAGCGCCGCGCUGAGGAGGACUUCAAGAAGAAGCAGACUGCCGAGUCGGACAGUGCGCAAGCGUCGAGGGCGGUGGAGCGGCUGCAAAACGAACUGGCUGAACUGCGAUCGGAAAAGGAGAACCAGAAGCGAGAGCUGGAUAAACGGGCAAGAGAAGCAGAAGACGAAGCUCGACUGCUGAAAGAUCAGCUCGAAGAUCUGAAUGCGGCAAAAGAGGAGGCUGCGCGAAUGGCUGAGAGGAAAGUCCUCGACUUGCAGAGUCAGAUCACAGCCGCACAGAGAACAACCCAAGAGCUUGAGGAGGAAGGACAGCAAAGAGAACAUGUCCUACAAAAGACACAAAAGCAAUUGGCGGAAAAGGAAACUGUCGUUGGCAAUCUUGAGGCUGAAGUUUUGAGACUGAAGGCCCAGACAGGCGAUGCGGAGACGAUGGCAGUGAUUCGGAGAGAGCUGUCCGACCAGGUUACACAUAUUCGCACAUUGGAGGCGACCAAUCGUGAACAACUGGUUGAGUUGAAGCAUCUGCGCCAAGUCCACAAAGCAGUGGAAAUUGUGGAAGAGGAGAAGGCAUCGCUUCGGCGGAAGCUUGAGGUCGCCGAGUCUCUACAAGACGAGCUUGCGGAAGAGAGGCGGCAGCGACAAAGGUUGGAAGACGAGCGUCUUGCCUGGGCUGCUUAUCUCAAGAAUGAAGCCACCACAGGCGAUGCAGAGUUUGACUCGCCAGAGGCAGUUGCCAGAGCGCUUGUCCAGGAGCGCUACAACUCUGCGACCCUUACGGAGCAGCUUGGCGCCUUGCAGCCAGAGAUAUCAGAACGAGAUGCCAUCAUCAAGACACUCGAAGACGAGAAGAAUGAGCUCGCAAGUCAAAUUGAGAAACUCAAGACAACUGGCACUGUCGGCUCAGCAGACAAAGCACGCGCGCGACUGGAUCGACAACGUGCCCUGGCCGUCAAGGAAGUGGAAUAUCUCCGCGCUCAGUUGAAGACAUUCGAUGCGGAGGAUAUCACCUUCCAGCCAGAAAACUUCGACGAGCAGAAGGCAAAGCGGGUGCAAGAGCUGGAAGACCUCGUCGACAAAUACAAAGAAGAGGUGCAGAAAUUGCAUUCGGAGUUAUCUUCUCUCGAGUCAUCGUCAGCAAGCCCUGCGCAACCCGCAGUCGGCAGCAAGCGCUCUCGCACAGACGAUUCUGAAGAGCAUGAACAGCUCGGCCAACUGGCCCGCAAAAACCGCAAGCUACAAGAGGAGAUAGCCUCGCUACAGUCUAAGCAUCGUCUGGCACAAAAGGAGCUCUCCGUCGCCCAGGAGCAGCUCGCCGCGGCCAAGAAGUCGGGUGAAGUGCGCAUCCUCUCUCUUCGCUCGAACCCUACCUCAGACUUCGAGGCAAUCAAGACGGAGACCCUCAAGGCUCUCAAGACCGAGAACAGAGAGCUCCUCGCUCAGAUCCAGGGCAGCCCCGCGACAUACCCCGUCGUGCCUGUGUCCAGCCUCAUCGCCGCGCAGGGCGAAAUCGAAGAGGCGAAGCGCGAGACGGCCUCGGCCAAGAAAUCCGCACAGCGCCUCAAGGAAGUGUGGUCGCGCAAGUCGGCCGAGUUCAAGGAGGCCGUCUUCUCGGCGCUGGGGUGGCACGUCACGUUUAUGCCCAACGGCAAGAUGCGCGUCGAGAGCAUCUACCACCCGUCGCGGACCGACGAGCACGAGAACAGCAUCGUCUUUGACGGCGAGAAGGGCACCAUGAAGGUCGGCGGCGGGCCCCGCAGCGCGUUCGCCCAGCGCAUCGGCGACAAUAUAAAGUACUGGGUGCGCGAGAAGGAGUGCAUCCCCGGCUUCCUGGCGAGUCUGACGCUCGAGUUCUUUGACGAGCAGACGGCUGCGGGCGCCCCGCCGGCGUCGUGA